GCGGGAGUUGUGUUCUUUAUGUCUUUCCAGCAAUAAAAUGAGGUCAAAUUCCACUAUUUUGACUUUUGCGUCAUGGACCUGACUGAAACAGGAAAAAUUUAUGAUUUGGAGCGUUUUAAGUCUCCAAUGCGACGAAGAGUUCCCACCGAGAGGAGUAUUAACCAAGAAAACUCAUCGCUUAUGGACAAUACGACAUCGAUUGGAGAUGCCUUCGAAACCCGUAGUCGCUUUGACCAGGUUUUCCUGGCAAGUCCCCGAGCUCAGGAGUUGUAUUCCUCUUUGGAAAAGACAAAACAGCAACCAACACCACAGAAGUCAGCUCCAAUGAAAAUUGUUCCUGAUUUAUACCGACCAACACCGCAGAAGUCUGCUGCAUUAAAAAGUGAUUCUAAUUUACAACGAGGGACGCCACAAAAGUUAUCUACAUCAAGAAGUGUGGCAGGUUUUGAUGAAGUGGUCAACAUGGCUGAAUUCUUUCAUAGUAAAACCUCUCAUAGUUCAAUUGCUUGUUCAGGACUGUCUGAUCCAUCGAUGAGUUUAGGAAAACCAAGAGCAUUCACUGAGUUCUUGAAAGAUAAGGACUUUCAAGUGAGUCCAUUUAAGCCCUCGGUGAAUGACAGUGCAAUUAAGCAGAAAGUCCAGAUGGUCCUAAGCAGACUGGAAGAUGAUUCCGCUAUCCCACUGAGUAAACCACAGAACAAAGCAGAGCCAAAUGCUUUGUUACAGGCAACAAGUAGGGACUCUGGAUUUACUGAUUUGCAAAGUGAUUCUGGAGGGAGUAGCGAGGGUGCAUUUACAGAUGUGAGGAACAGGAGUGGUACAGUAACCUCAGUGAAAGAAGGAAGAACACCAAUAAGUGUGAGUGAUGUUAAUAAUGCUGCUGGAGAUCGAACUGUCAAUGAAGGAGAAGAGGUGCACAUGUCAUUUGAAAGUAAUAGUAGCGACGAGGAAGUAGAUGUCAUGACAGAGGAUGUGCAAGUUGAUGAUGAUGAUGAUGGUGAUGGGCGUCAUGACAACAGUAACAGUGCCACGCCUAAGAGCAAAGAAUUUUCCGUGGAGCAGACAGGACGUGUUACAAGAACAAGAAAAAGAGAAGCUGACAGCCAAGAAAAACCAGAUACUAGAAGAACGAAUGAAACUCCUAAAAGCAGUGAAAUAUCUGUAAAUCAGACUGGAGGUGUUACAAGAACAAGACAAAUAGAAGCUGACAGCCAAGAAAAACCAGAGACUAAAGGAGCAAAUAAAAUGGAGACUUCACAUUCUUCAACGUCUUCAGACAAGGAACACAGUCAGGCCGUGCACAAGACCCCCAAGACUUACAGCCUUAGCUACUGGUCUAUAAAAGCAUUGAAGACUCGCACACAUAUGGGAGUCAUUGUUGAAGGACAGAGAAGUGAGGAUCCAGAGGGUGAGUUGUGGCAUAGCACAGCUAUAGUCUCCAGAUUAAACUCAAGGUGUGUUCAGACUAAGAGUGGAUCUCACUACAAGCUGGUAGGACCUGUGAAUGAAAAGGUCACCCUGCAACAAGGAUUUCCUCCUGAAUUUGUCAAUGCAUUCAAGAACGGCUUUCCUCACAACUGGCUUUCCCUUGUAUCUGAUUUUUUCAAUUCUCAAAGCAGCUCUGAAAGCGAGGACGGGAAUCAAAUUCAAGAACAGCCAGGAAAGAAGAGCAAGAAAGUCCCUAAAGGAGGGAAAAAUUCUGCUGUCAAAACUCACACUCCUACGGAGUCCAGGACCAAGAAAAAGAACAAAACUGCAGCAUUCACAACCCCAGAGAACAGACAACUUCCAAAGGAGGUGGAAGUCAAGACAACGAGGAGUGGACGCAUGGUGAAGCCGCCUUUAGCUUGGUGGAGAGGACAGCGCAUUGUUACUGAUAGAGACCAUAACCUAGAAGCGAUUGACCCUGGUGGAGUGGAAUGGACAGCGCUUUCUCCAAUGUAUAACCUAGAGAUUAAGAUUCCUCCAAAGAGUAAGGGAUCCCUUGUGCAACAGAAAAAGACUGUAUCUGGCAGUGAUAGUAGUGAUUCAUUGCCAAGAAAAAGAAAGCCAAAAAAGACAUCGAAUGCUACAUUAAGCAACAGCUCUGAGAGAGACACUGAUGAAAGUACAAGGGCAUCAUUAUUCUUUUCACCAAAGAAAACUCCAGACGAAAACCAAAUCAUGCAGAAAAGUAGUCCAAAGAAGCAAGCAGUCAGUGAAGGAAAUGGUGCUAAUAUGAACAAAGUUAAAGAAAAUAGGACAACAAAGAGCAUAAGGAAAAGUGAUUUAAUGCAAAGGUGCAGUGUAAGAGAGGUACAACCUCAAGAGCAUGAAAUGACCAGUGAAGAUGAACUUCAAAUACACGUCAGUGUUGAAGGGAAGAAUAAAUCAGCAAAUUCUGUUGUUGAAGAAGGUCAAAACCUUGACAAAAGGAAAUUUUACUCAAAGCCAUGCACAGACAGUGAGAGUGAGGUUGUUGAACAAACAGCUUCAACCAUUCCAUCACCACCUAAACGAGUUUUAAGAUCUCGCAAAAGUAAACGUAGCAACACAGAGGUAGAUUCCACAGUGGAUUCAAAUACGGAUUUUGAGUCUGGGGAUUCACAGGUAGACAGACGACGUGAGAAUAGUCAGAGGCAAACUGUGCCAAGGGGUAACAUCAUUAAAACCUCAGACAGUGAAGCCAAGUUGUCUUCCUGUGAUGAAAAAUCAGAUAAUGCUGGAGAUUCAGGAAAGGUGACCAAAGCAACUACGAAAAGAAGAAAUCUUGUGAAAAGGCUUGUCCACAAAAGAAUAAACGAGCUCACAAAAGAAACAAGUUCUCAAUCUUCUGAAGAGGACUCUGAUGGAACUUCUAGCUUGCAAUCGAAAAAAGGACAAGUCCAUCCAAGAAGUGCGAAAGCUGCUCAGAAAAAUGUAGAGGAUCAAAUUACAGUAGAAAACAACUUUAGAGUUGAACCUGGUUCUUCUAACAGGAAAGCAAAAACUGGAUCUGAUAGUGAAAGGGCCUCGAGCAGGAUGCAAGCCUUGAAAGUUUUUAAGCAGCCGGCAAAUAAAAAGAACAAAAAGAGACAAGAUGAGAUGUCUGAUGAGGUGCCUUGGACAGAUGAAGAGAUUAAAAAAUUGAAUGAAGCACUGUACACGAUACCUGGCAACACUCCAAUGUUUUGGCAAAAAGUUUCCAGUAAAGUGGGCACACGAACUGCUGAGGAAUGUCAGUUCCAUCAUCAGGGGCAGAUUGUUGUUUCCAGUAAGAAGGACCAAGCAGUGAAGAAAGGUUCUACUAAGGAGAAGAAGAAUCCAGGACAGAAAGCUGCCUCGCAACAAAACGUUAAGACAGUUACGGGUGGAGUGGGGACCAUCAAGCGAAAACGAGAGCUGCGAGAACUACUUGAGCAGCAAGAUGUCAACUAUGAGGAUGACAUCUUUGACUCAACACCAUUUAAAAAGAAGAAAGAUCUAAAGCUUCCAUUUAAUCUAAGUAGUCACAGCAGCGAUGAAGAAGGUGAUGAUGAUGACAAUGACGAUGACGAUGACGAUGAAGGUGAAACAGUGGACAGUACUUCAUAUAAGACACCCAGCAGUCGCACACCGAGCAGUAGAUUCCGUCCUCUGGGUCCUUUGUCCAUUUCAGCGACUCCUGGUGCAGAGUUCGUGAGCCCCAGUCUGUUACAGCAAGUCAACCGGAGAGACAUGGAUCACUACAUCUACAGAAUGCAACAAGGAAAGCGAGGAACACAAAUACCUGGAAAGCAAAAAUCAAAGCCGAUGAGGACAUCCACUCCAAAGAAAUCUUCAUCAAGCAGUGGUUUGCCUGCAUUAAGCUCAGAUUUGUUUGAAGCUCAUCCUGCUUCAGAUCACGAGUCAGAGGAAGAUGACAAAGACUAUUACUUCUCCGAUGAAUAACAACUGAACGAUUUAUGUAAUAGUUUUAGAGCAGUUUUAAAUCGAGUGUCUUAAAACCAAAGUCAAAGUAAUCACUCUAGCCAAUCACAAAGGACACACAAUCCACUGAACCAAUGAACACUCGAAUUGAAGAAAUUACAUGUUCCUGCCGCAAAGCGCGGGAAAACGCGUGCGAGUGAGUCACCAUUGGUUUUGGUUUUACUUCUGACUGGGUGAAAAAGUGGC